UUCAGUGAUGUAAAAAUGUUUGAUGAUUAAAUACAGGAAAAAUAUAUUGGUCAUCGUCAUCGUUUCUUGUCUCUUCAUACCACUUUCUGUGUGUAUAUCUUUACAUCGAUAAGUUUGUUUAAUUUUUCUUCAUUAUUGAGCGUUGUUGAUCAUCAAACCCAUUAUUUCACUUAAAAAACAAAUGGAUACCGAUGAAAUUCUUGAACCAUUAGAACCAUCUAUACGAAAUAUUAUUGAACAGAAAACAUUAAAAUGGAUAUUUGUUGGUGGUAAAGGUGGUGUAGGUAAAACAACAUGUUCAUGUUCAUUAUCAGUACAAUUAGCUAAAGUUCGUGAUAGUGUAUUGAUCAUAUCGACUGAUCCGGCACAUAAUAUCAGUGAUGCUUUUAAUCAGAAAUUUUCCAAAAUACCAACAUUGGUCAAUGGUUUUGAUAAUCUUUAUGCAAUGGAAAUUGAUCCAAAUCUUGGUACAGAACAAUUACCGGAUGAUUUUUUUCAACAAGAUGAUCCAAUGCGUUCAGCAAAAGGUAUUAUUAAAGAUUUAUUGGGUUCAUUUCCCGGUAUUGAUGAAGCAAUGUCAUAUGGUGAAGUAAUGAAAUUAGUUAAAUCAAUGAAUUAUGAUGUUGUUGUUUUUGAUACGGCACCAACUGGACAUACAUUACGUUUAUUAACAUUUCCAACAAUAGUGGAAAAAAGUUUAGGAAGUUUUCUACGUAUCAAAUCACAAUUUAGUUCAAUGUUUAGUUCAUUGUCAACAAUGUUAGGUUUACAAAGUAAUUCCGGUGAAAUGAUUAAUUCAAAAAUUGAAGAAUUAUUACCAAUAAUCAAAACUAUUAAUGAACAAUUUAAAAAUCCUGAACAAACAACAUUUGUUUGUGUUUGUAUUGCUGAAUUUUUAUCACUUUAUGAAACUGAACGUUUAGUACAAGAAUUAACUAAAAUGAAUAUCGAUACACAUAAUAUUAUUGUUAAUCAAUUAAUUCUUUAUCCGGAUGGUCAACCAAUCAAUUGUAAUGUAUGCCGUGCAAGAAUUCGUAUACAACAAAAAUAUUUAAAUCAAAUUGAAGAUUUAUAUGAAGAUUUUCAUGUUACAAAAUUACCAUUAUUAGAUGAUGAAGUACGUGGAUCCGAACGUGUUAUUGAAUUCAGUAAAAAUCUAAUCGAACCAUAUAAUCCAAAUCGAUCAUCUUGAACUAAUUUUAUUUUUUAUUUUUUUAAAUUUUGGCCAUUUUUUUCUGGCUUUUGUGUAAUGAGAUUUUAUUUCAUCUUUUUUUCUCAAUUUUCUUAUCAUUUAU